AUGCUAGCCACAGCGAUAGUCGAGACUCCCACUUUGCUCGACCUCAUCUCCUCCGAUCGAGUCACCCUCACUCCAAGGACUCGAGCGCUCCUCCUACCAAGACCAGUCCCAGUUGUCCCCAAGGCCGAAACCGAAAACACCCAACCUGAAACCCUAGAGGCAUGUCUUGCCUCAACUCGACUGAAAGCGGAGGAGAUUAUAAAUAUCGUGGAGAAGUAUGGCUCUCAUGAACGCACGACUGCAGCAGGAGAAUGGCUAGGCCGGUCAUCUUUCACGCCGCGUGUUCAGACACAUGUCACGGCCAAUCGAGCCAUUCCUAUGGUUCUGCCUGCCUUUCCCAUGAAGAGUAACAAUCGGAUGGAUAAGGUGUUGGGGGCACUUCCAGAUUUGGGUGAAGAGCUUGGGUUGGCCAGAUUGGUGAAUCUUUGUCGGGAUAUCAAGGCUGUCUAUCCGCCAGGUGCGAUUGUGGUUAUUGUCACGGAUGGAAUUUGCUAUAAUGAUCUCACCGGGAUUUCUGACGAAGAAGUCUGGGAAUAUGGAAAUCGACUGCGGAAGAUUGCUGCUGAGAAAGGAUAUGCUUGUGUCCAAUUCCAUCGCAUUAUGAAUAUGCUCGGCCUCUAUUCUGGUGCUCGUAUUUCCAAGGCGGAAUAUGUGAAACUCUGUGGCAUAUCAAGGGCUGAAAUUCAUCGGAGAUGCGGGCAACCUGGAUUUGAUGUUGACAAAUUUUUGAAAAGUGAUGAAGAUUAUCUUCGGACAUAUAAUGGAUACGACAAGUUCAUGAAAGUCGACCUAAAAUUCAGCCCUGUGACCAAGGGCUGCGCUGGUCCGAAACAAUACAAAAAGAAAAUCAAAUCGAUUGCCAAAGCCAUGAUCAUUCGAGGCGUAGAAUACGCAGAGCUGGUACGCCAAGUCUACCCUGAUUCACUACGGCUCUCCAUUCAUCCUUCAUCGGGACUGACAAAGUUAUCUUGUCCUCUUGUCCCACAACGGGAUUCAUUCUCCAUGAGCCCUUGGCAUUGUAGUAUUGCAGUGCUCACAAACGGUACAUUUAUCACAGCACACAGAUCCUCGCAUCGGCAGAACUUUGACCUCGUUGAGAAGAAUGGCCAACCAUACUUUUUCCGUGAAAGCUCUCCUCUCUUCAAAUGGGACGCCGAUGUGGACUUUGAGCAUCGCUAUGGGCAAAAUCUGGUGAUCCAAAAACAAAAGCAGGAUAAACAGGAGCUUUCUGAUUCGGAUCUGGAUAAGUUGGCACUGUUGGCGAUUCAACACAAAAGUGUGACAUUCAUGUCUAUGUAA